GCUCGGGAGGAGUUAAUGAUUUAUGGGUCAACGGGCCAGCUCUGCUUUCUGCAGAAUUGAAGUUUCUCUCUGUGGGGCCAGAUCUGAUCAUGUGGGCUCUGUAAAACUCCUCCUUUGCCCGGGGGGCUGGAGGAGAGCAGUCCCUGCUCCAUCCUGUGAGUGCUGAACACGCCGGGGCUCUCCAUCUUCUGCCUCCACAGCUCCAGGAAGGGAAUGUGACAUCUGUGGGACCUCCAGGCAGGGAUAAACAUGUCAGCUGUGGAGCUGGGGAGGCAGAGGAGCUGUGCAGCUGUCCUUGGGUCACUCCUCACUGCUGCUCUCCUUGCCACUGUCCACAGUCGCUGCGCCGCCCCGCCGCGCUCGCCGUCAGCAGAGCCCAAGGAGAGCCUGGAGGGCACCGAGCUCUUCCCCUAUGGCUACACGAUGGAGUUUGUCUGCAGGCCAGGCUAUGGCAGAAAUGCUCGCACUCCAAACGUCCUCACCUGUGGGGCGAACGGGGUGUGGCAUGGAUCGAGUGAAAUCUGCACACCCAAGGUGUGCAGCUACCCCGGGGAGCCGGCCAAUGGCAGACUGGUCCUGCCUGGAGCGUUCACUUUUGGUUCCAAAGUGAACUUCACCUGCAACACUGGGUACAGACUGAUUGGACACUCUGAGAUUGAAUGUGUGCUCAGAAAUGAGGUUCUUACUUGGAACAGAAAUAUUCCCACCUGUCAGGCAAUUCCCUGUGCACCCCCUCCAGAAAUAGCGAAUGGGCAGCACAGUGGGAUGGACAAGGAGCAUUUUGAGUAUGGGGACUCUGUCACCUACCAGUGCCACAGGACCAGGAGGGGACAGAGACCUUUCUCCCUGCUGGGAGAGGCCUCCAUUUUCUGCACCAGCAGGGACAACCUGAACGGUGUGUGGAGCAGCCCAGCUCCAGAAUGCAAAGUGGUGACCUGCAAGCAGCCAAGAGUGGAGAAUGGGAAGCUGCUGAGCAGGUACCAGCCUGACUACAGCUUUGGGGACACGGUGGUGUUCGACUGUGACCUCCGCUACAGCCUCAGCGGCAGCCCGGCCUCCACCUGCAGGGACAGCGGCCUCUGGGAGCCCCCCCUGCCCCUGUGCCAGCGCAGCAGCUGUGAUGACCCCCCAGAUGUGAGGAAUGCCAUGAAAACCAGGCUGGCUGGCAAUCUGUUCCCUGUGGGCACCGUGGUCACCUACGAGUGCCAGCAGGGCCACCAGUUCCGAGCAGGGAAAACCACCUGGAACAUCAGCUGCCUGCAGGACUUUGUGUGGAGCGAAGCCCCAGCUCCAUGUGAAAGAAUUCCUUGCCCAGAUCCACACAUCCCAAAUGGCAGGCCCUUGCACCUGUGGCAAGUGAAGGAGGUUUAUGAGAGCGGGGACAGGCUGGAGGUGGCGUGCAAUGAAGGAUUUGCUUUCAAAGGCCGUGGCAGCAGCGUCACCCUCCACUGUGGCAACGAUGGUGGAUGGGAUCCAGCAGUGCCAGAGUGCAUUCCAGAACCACAUUGCCCAAAGCCAGACAUCCCUCAUGGAAAGGAGGUUUAUAAAAGCAGCAGUGACUACACAGUGGGGGCCCAGGUGAGGCUGGCCUGUGAGGAGGGCUUUGCCCUCAGGGGCUCCGAGUCCAUCACCUGUGGGGUUGAUCUGAGCUGGGAGCCCGAGGUGCCCUUCUGUGACAAAGUCUGUGGGCCCCCUCCACAAAUCCCCUUUGGGCAGCACUCUGGCAGAGAUGGCAAGGAGUUCUCCUAUGGCACCAAGGUGACCUACAGCUGUGCAGAGGGGCUGUCCCUGGUGGGGGACGAAUCCCUCUACUGCACCUCGGACGAUGGCAGGAACCUGAGCUGGAGUGGGCCUGCCCCGGAGUGCAGGGUGGUUCGGUGCCCCAAGCCCGUGGUGGAGAGGGGAAGGAUGACCCCACAGAUGUUCACCUUUCCCUACGGGCUGCUCCUGCACUUCUCCUGUGAGGAAGGCUUUGGGCUGCGUGGUGCUACCCAGAGCCAGUGCCAGGCUGAUGGCACCUGGGACCCGCCCGUGCCCACCUGCCAGCCAGUUCGGUGCCCCAGCCUCCCGAGGCAGGAGGACGUGGUGGUUCACUUCAACAAGCUAUGGUAUGAGGUGAAUGAAACUGUGCCCUUCUACUGCAAACGUGAUGGGCACGCAAGGGCACCUUCCAGAACCACCUGCUCAGCUGAUGGCACCUGGACACCACGACCCAUGUGUAGGAAAAGUGAGGUGUGUGAGAGGGUUCUUCGAAACAAAGCAGCUUUCCAGUGUGGAAUUCCUCUGUCGGAUCUGAAAACCCAGCUGGAAAUCCAGAAGCUCCUCCUGGAGAUCCAGAAACUUGAAAAGGAGCUAAAAAUCACCAAGGUGCAGUGUCCCAGCCCGGCCAUCGCCCACGGGACAGAGAGCAGCCCCAGGAGAGCCGAGUACGCCUUUGGGGUGCAGGUGGAGUUCCAGUGUGACCACGGCUUCAUGCUCCGGGGCAGCGACAGGGUCCAGUGCUCCUCUGACGGGAUGUGGAGACCCCCCGUGCCCCACUGUGACAGGGUCUGUGGUCCCCCUCCCACCAUCAGCAACGGGCAGCACUCUGGCAUGGGCUUCAGGCAGUUCACCUACGGCUCUGAAGUGAAGUACAGCUGUGCAGAGGGGCUGUCCCUCAUCGGGGACAAGUCCCUCUACUGCACCUCCGAGGAUGGGGAGAACCUGACCUGGAGUGGGCCUGCCCCGGAGUGCAGGGUGGUUCGGUGCCCCAAGCCCGUGGUGGAGAGGGGAAGGAUGACCCCACAGAUGUUCACCUUUCCCUACGGGCUGCUCCUGCACUUCUCCUGUGAGGAAGGCUUUGGGCUGCGUGGUGCUACCCAGAGCCAGUGCCAGGCUGAUGGCACCUGGGACCCGCCCGUGCCCACCUGCCAGCCAGUCCUGUGUCCACAGCCACGUGUGCCCUUUGGAAGGCUGAAGAGCCCUUUGGGUGACAAAAAGUGGUACCAGAUCAACGAGACUGUCACCUUGGAGUGCCUUCCUGGCUACCAGUUUCCAGAUGAUGGAAUGAUGGAAAAUGCUUGGACAGCCACGUGCUUGCCUGAUGGCAGCUGGACACCACUGCCCAAGUGUAUGAAAGAAGGUGAUGCUGAUGUGUGUCAAGAGGUUCAUUACAUUAAAUCGACCUUUGAUUGCGGCAUGCCUGUAGAAAAAGUGAAAAGUCUGCUGGAAAUACAGAAACUGUUCCUGGAGAUUAAAAAACUAGAGAUGGAACUAGAAAACUGAAAUGAAACUGGAUCCCUGUAACACUCACCUUUCCUUUGGUGAGCUCACAGUUUGUGCAGUCACAGCAUCUCUAAAAAGGCUCUGGGUGAUUUUAUGGUUUAUGUUUGCAUGCCUGGAGCCAGAAAAAUAAUCACCAGUACAUGGGAGGCUGCUUUUGCUGUGCUGGAUGCCAGAGCAGGGAGUGGGUUUUGCUCUAACCUACAAGCUUGAUUUGCUCUUUUACUAAUAAGUUGUUUCAAGUUUCAUAUUUGGAAGAAUAGAAAGAAAUUAAAUUUAGCUUUUAAAAAUAACUGUCUUAACUGUGGUAAGCUGAAGCAAAAAGGAGUGAAGUCCAGAAAAGCUGAGAUGAGCCCAGAGUUGGCUCUGAAGGUUCUGCUGCUGCCAUGGUCCAGCUGGGGUUUGGGUACAUUUGCACUCUGCUGGAAACAGUGGUGGCAAUAAAUGUUAAACCUGA